GAGAAGCCAAGAGAUCUGGGAGGUUCCCAGCCUUAAGCUUGGCUUUGGUCUUGUUGAUUUCAAUUGAGAAAUUGGACCAAUUUCGAUAGGGGGAGAGAGAGAGAGAGAGAGAAACACACAUACACGUACGCAGACACACACACACACGCUCAGAGAGAGCAUUGCCCCAAGAAAUUUGCACCCAACUUCUUCUCCUCUGCCUGGGCUGUCUAUUUUGGACCUCUGUCUGCGUGUUCUGUGAGUGUUGUGCCAAAUAAAAAAAAAGGAGAGGAUAAUAAGAAAGAGGAAGAAAGGACAGGGAGAAAGGAGCGAGAGAGAGAGAGAGAGAGAGAUGUCUGCAGAAGAAAGCAAGGAGUCUCAACAGGCAAAAGAAAGCAAGGAACCUCAGAAGACACAAGAAACGGUUCAGGAACAAGAGGAACCUUCUUCCUACAAAGCCAUUGUGCUGUCUGGCUUUGGGGGCUAUGACAAACUGAGUGUGGAGAUGAAGAAGGGCGUCCCCAUCCCUAAAGCUGGUGAGAUCUUGGUCAGAGUCAAGGCUGGUGGCUUGAAUUUUGCUGACCUGAUGGCGAGACAGGGGAUCUAUGACAGAAUGUCUUCAUCUCCACCUCUGGUGCCAGGGAUGGAAGCCUCUGGGGUUGUAGAAGCCAUUGGGGAAGACGUGAAGGAUAAGAAGGUGGGGGACAAGGUGUUUAUGCUGAAUCGGGGAGGGCUGUGGGCGGAGCUGGCGGUGAUUCCGGCCGACAACGCCUUCCUGAUGCCGGACGGGAUGGGUUUUGAGGAGGCGGCAGCCAUCCUGGUCAAUUACGUCACCGCCUACAUGAUGAUCUACGAUUUCGGCAAUCUGCAGCCAGGGCAGAGUGUGCUGGUGCACAUGGCAGCCGGUGGGGUGGGCAUCGCGGCCACCCAGCUGUGUAAGCUGGUGAAGGACGUCACUGUGUUCGGCACCUCCUCCGCCUCCAAACACGAGACCAUCAAGGAGAACGGAGUCAGCCACCCCAUCGACUACCGCACCUUAGACUACGUGGAGGAAGUUCGCAAGAUCUCGCCCAAAGGCGUUGACAUCGUACUCGACCCGCUGGGUGGAGCGGACACGGCGAAAGGGUUUCACUUGCUGAAGCCCAUGGGGAAGAUCAUCACGUUUGGAGCGUCUACACUGUUGGCCGGGCAGAAGAGGAACCUCAUGGCUCUGGCCAGGACCUGGUGGAACAAGUUCUCCAUCAACUCCCUGCAGCUGCUGCAGUCCAACAAGGCCGUGUGUGGCUACCACUUGGGCUACCUGGAGGCCGAGCAGAUCUCCAAGGUGGUGGUCAAGCUGCUCGCUCUGUACAAGGACGGCAAGAUCAAGCCCCGAGUGGACUCCGUGUGGUCAUUCGAGCAGGUCGGUGAUGCCAUGAGGCAAAUGCAGGAACGGAAGAACAUCGGCAAAGUCAUCCUGGUCCCAGAGGCAAAGAAAAGUGAAGAGUAGAAUCCGAGUAUUCCCUCCCCAUCCUCCCCCCUCCCCGCACCCACCCACCCACCCACACACACAUCCCUUCCCCUGACAGGAUUUAACAUUGUGAAUUGCCUUUAACGCUGCCUUUCUUUUGGGAUCAGGGGCUGACUUGAGGGUCUGGCUACACCUUAGUGCCGUUUACGGGACGGAACCCAAUUUACUGCCCUUUCCGAAGGAUUCCCACCCCCGGUGAUCACCUUUCUACCAACAUUAACCUGCAGUAAGCUUCUAUAUUAAACCCUCUCCUCUCCCUCCCCACCCCCCCCCCACCCCCCACGUCGUAACUGUGUUGACGUGUAACAGGAACGAUGGCGAGGACCAGUGUGCUAUAACGCUAAGCUGUCCUCCACUAAACCACUAUUACCCACUGAUAAAGCGAUGUGCUUGCUCUAACACUGUUCAGUAACUAAAGCGCUCUAAGGCUUCAAAAUUCUGCCCGGCUCCCUAAAAGGACCCCGACUUGUGUGGUCGCAUUCAGUGCUUCUACCUUAACUAUGGGAUGGUAUAAAACGUGGUCCCUCGCUUAUAGAUGCUCCCCUCUGUCUCACACAUACAAAACAAUGGCAUUGAGCUGAAAGUACUUCCUCCUCAAUUCUACCCCGUGCGCUGGGGUUCAUUCUGAGAAUUACUCUCCUCGUCUUAGAAGUCUUCAUUCCAGUUUGUAACUAAAGUUCCCUGUGCCUUUUCCCAUGUUACUGUGAGGUGGGGUUAGAUCGUUGAUGUCCCAUAAUCUCCUUUCAGGACUAAUUUAGUCUUUUAGGUUAGAGUAACCCCGUUUUUUAGUGCCAUACUCCAAUCGUGCAUAUUAAGAGGCCUCGUUAGUAACGCCUUCAUUGAAUGAUCGCUCGGUCAUUUUCACCAAAGGGAAGGAAAUAUCCGGACUUUACUAAAAGGGCUGGUGUCGGCCUGGCUCAGUCGGUCACGCUCUCGCCUCAGUGUCUCAAGAUUGUGGGUUCAAGCCCCACAUUAGGACUUUGAACUCUCGGGCUAGGCUGACGCUCCAGUACAGUGCUGGGGUUGGGGGGAAAUAGAGCUACUCUGUGAGAGAGUGCCAUCCUUUGGAUGAGAGGCUUCGCCGCCCCCAGGUCCCAUUUUGCCCUUUCAAGUAAAAAUCCUGUGGCGCUACACGCAAAGAGCAGGGAGUGUCCCCCCUCCCCCCCUCUCUCGCUCUCUCCCAGUGUCCCGGCCAACAAUCC